CAGGAAGGAAUUUUCCUCCUCUGGCUAACUGGCCAAGGCUGGGUGGUUUUCUGCUUCUGCUCUCUCUGGAAGGCUGAGUAGAGGUGCCAUGGACACCACACCUGUGACUGCUGCCUCUGACUCAUGUGAGGGCAAGAAGCCCACAGGCCUGUCUCUCUGACUGUGUGGACCCUCCCCGUGCACCUUGAAGAACCACCAAAGGGAAUCAGAUACAGACGGUGCUGUGUACAGCCGUGGAGAGAUUACAGAGCAAGCGAGUGGGCUGGUGCAAAGAAAAGAAAAAAAAGAAGUCUUUAAAGGAGGGUGAUGUUGGACUCAGUGGCACACAGCACCUUCCUGCCCAACGCGUCCUUCUGCGACCCCCUGAUGUCGUGGACUGACCUGUUCAGCAAUGAAGAGUCUUAUCCUGCCUUUGAGCAUCAGACAGCCUGUGACUCCUACUGGACGUCUGUCCACCCUGAGUACUGGACAAAGCGCCACGUCUGGGAAUGGCUCCAGUUCUGCUGCGACCAGUAUAAGCUGGAUGCCAACUGCAUCUCCUUCUGCCACUUCAACAUCAGCGGCCUGCAGCUGUGCAGUAUGACACAGGAGGAGUUCAUCGAGGCAGCUGGUGUCUGCGGGGAGUACCUGUACUUCAUCCUCCAGAACAUGCGCUCGCAAGGUUACUCCUUUUUUAAUGACCCUGAAGAGACCAAGGCCACCAUCAAAGACUACGCUGUUUCCAGUUGUUUGAAAACAAGUGGCAUCAAAAGUCAAGACUGUCACAGUCAUAGUCGAACAAGCCUCCAGAGCUCUCACCUAUGGGAAUUUGUGCGAGACCUGCUUCUAUCUCCUGAAGAAAACUGUGGCAUUCUGGAAUGGGAAGAUAGGGAACAAGGUAUUUUUCGGGUGGUUAAAUCAGAAGCCCUGGCAAAGAUGUGGGGACAAAGGAAGAGAAAUGACAGAAUGACGUAUGAAAAGUUGAGCAGAGCUCUGAGGUACUACUAUAAAACAGGAAUUCUGGAACGGGUCGACCGAAGAUUAGUAUACAAAUUUGGAAAAAACGCACAUGGGUGGCAGGAAGACAAGCUAUGAUCUGCUCCAUCAUCAAGCUCAUUUUAUGGAUUUCUGUCUUUUAAAACAAUAGAUUGCAAUAGACAUUGAAAGUUCACUUUUUUAAAAGCCUGCAAACGUGCUGAUAAAAUUUCUCCACAUCUCAGCUUACAUUUGGAUACAGAGUUGUUGUUGUCUACUUGGGGGUGAUGACAGCAACCCUUAAGAAAUUCCUUUUUUUUUUUUUUUACCCGAGGGGAGGAGGGGAUGAUCUUUUGUGGUACCCUGAUCAAACAUCACUUCCCUAAUGAAGAGUUGCAGAACCACAAUGCCCCAUGCCAUCGUGCUGCUCAGAGAAAAAGGAUCCAAUUCUGCCAUUAGAGGCUCAUCCGGUGCUCCCAUUCCAAAGGCUCAAAAGUUUUCACAUAGUUAACUGUGGCACCUCACAAAGCAAAAAAAAAAAAUGAUUAGUUUGUAGUUAAUAUAGUAGGACGGGGUGAGAUGUGGGUAAGACAAACAUAUUGUAGAUUUUAGAUUGUUAAAGUCAAAUUCCAUAGUAAAGUUUCUUAAUUAGUAAAGGAGCUAAGCCAUCAAGCUGGUACAUAACUGGAUUUAGCAUAGGUUAAUAGUGAGUUUCUUAACCAGAACAUCUUUUUAGCCACUCAGCAAAACUCCCAUGGCCAUCCUUCUGGAGUAACACAAAAUUAGGCACAUUCUUAAUUCUUGCUGAGUGUAUUCCCCCUCUUCUCCUAGGUGGGAGGCAUCAGAUGUGCAAAGAGUCGACAGACGCUUACAUCAAUUUCCAAAUCACCUCUGUUUCUACGAUUCAAGUUCUCAACACGAUAAAAUCGUAAUUCAUUGAUUCUGUCUGUGGGCAAGACGUUACACCUUUAUAGAACUGGGAAUGUCUUGAUGGCUCUGUAAUGGCCCAUUAAAUUAUGAGCCUCUCGUUUUGUCUUCCCACCCGAUGUGUACGCAAGCUCUAAAAUGCAUUUUUCCUUGACCAAAAUAGCGACGCUGGAACCAGUGAAGGUUCACAAGUUAAAGUAUGCACUGACAUUUUCUCAUCAGUCACUGGUAGGUGAGCCAUGAGUGACCUCCAGCUGGGUGGACUGUCCCUAGAACUCCUUCCCCGGAGCAGGAAGCCUCAUGUGACGAGGCACUGAACGACAAUACAGGCUGAGGGCCUCAAUCCUAGAGUUUUGCGUCACAAGUAACUGGUUUUUAAAAAAUGUGAAUGACUGUAAAAUAGUCUGUUUUUUAGAUUCAUGUGUUUUCCAGGUGGAUACAGUUUGUAAACAAUGUGAAUAAAAUAUUUAACAUGUUA